AUGGCCUCAAGUCAGUCUAUUAGGAAUAACCACAAAGUAAUAAUGUACACAGAUAUGGUGCUCUUAUGGGAACUGCACAUUCUAGUCACUACUUAUAUUUUCUCAGACCUGUAUAUUCAAGUGAACACAUCUUUCAGUGUUACUGUGAAUGCCUUCAGGAUAUGGGCAUCUGUGAUCUCUUAUCAGUACCGCGUAUUAAGAGGCGCUAAAAAUGCUAAGCAAGUUCUAGAACAACGGUGGCUUAGGACGCACGUGUUCAAUGUACCAAGCCGCAAACACCAGUUGACCAAGCCAUUGCACAAAGAACUGAUGAGUGUUCAUUGUAAACAGCAACAUAAUAACGGCGACCUGAUUAAGAUGCUUUUAUCAUCUCGUAUCAAAAGGGCUAAGAGACGUCCUUCUAGGGCUCCUGUGAGAAGAAUUAAUGUGAUAUAUUAUGUCAUCAAGAGAUUUUCGAAAUAUAGUUAUCCAAUAAUUUGCAUUCAGAUCGAAACCGUGUUUGGGUCUUCACCUUCAAAGUCUCCGUUGGAAGAAAAGGAAUGCAUCGUGCAGCGUGCCACAUAUGGGCACCCGUUGAGCCAUACAGGAACCAGGGCACAGUUGCAUAUGGAUGAUAUUGCAGAGGUCCUCGUGCAAGCCUUCCGAAUCAACGUCGGGAAAGACAGCCUCUUAUUUCAUUACAGCGGCAAGAAUCCAAUCAAAACUGUGUCUUACGAUGUAUCUCUUGGGAAUGUUACCCUGGGUAAAGUGAGCCUGAAGCUGGCGGAAUGGCAGGAACUAGAAGUGUCUGAGUCUCACCUCGACAUCGGGGGGGAAAGGCUGGUGUUUCCUGCAAGAGUCCUCAACACAGGCCAAGGUCUUCGAUUCGAGGUGGAGAACAAGAACCAGGGAAUUGAGCUUCGGUUUUGUGAAAAUGCUUGUGUGCACUUGCAGACGCCUCCAAGCAAUGACCUGUACCUUAUUCAACAAGUGAAAGAAAGCAGAGACUUAUGGGUAUGGGCACGAGGGAAUGACACCAAAGCCACCAUUCGACUCAGCAUUAAAUGGAAUCAACGCGUGUCGUAUGAUUUUCUUCAAUUCAAUGUCACGGUGAAAGAAACCUGGAUACCGUUACGUGUGUCUGUAUCUGGAGAAAAAGUUCAACUGCGAGAUAUGAUGUCAGACAAGAACAUUACACAUGGUUUGAAAGACAUUGAUGGAGGUGACGUGUUCUUCUACUUUGAAUCUAAAAAAGAAAUGUACUGGAGCUUUGGCUGUGGUGCCGCGGGUGAAUCUUUAAUGUGGUCGAUUGCUCUCUUCACCGGAAUUGUGGUCGCUUGCGCCAUAAUGGUCAUCGUAAUUUCUCUCUUAAUUUACCGUCGGGUUUCAUCUUCGUCUCUGACUCAUCCCGAAAUGGAAAGUGCAGGUUUUGAGUCCGUUUUCAUUGCAUCGACUCAGUAUCCCGAAGAGGAUGGCGAGAGCAGAACGGGCAGAAAUAUCUUGGCAGAUGCAACAACACCAAUGGCGCCUGAUCAGGAUGCCCGAAGGAAAGCUGUGCGCCAGGGAGGCUCGAGCGAGGGACUACAGACCGCACACGAACCCCGAUGUAGAACCAAAUGUCCCACACCAGUAAACCAACCGGUUAGUCCAGUCGGUACAGAGUCCCAAGUGGAGGGCCGUGAAACAAGCGGAAAUAAUACGGGUUCAUCUUGGCAGAGACAAGAAGAAGGAAGCGUGGAAAUGAAUGGAGACGAAAACGAAGAUAGGAAAAUAGAACAGUCCAGAAUUCCCAGACGUCGGAACGGAGAUCAGAACAGAAGGAGCAAAAGGCGAACAGCAGAGCAAGGGCCAAGGACGCCAUCCCAUGGUAAAAAACACAAGCCCCCGGACGGUGAGGACGCGGGCACUAAUUUUGCACCGCAAGGCCCGCAACAGGCACUUCAGAGUGCGAGACAGAAGAAAAUUGAUCGGAUUCCUUCGGAAAUAAUAAGAGAACUGUCCGCAGACAAAUCAUUUUUCCUGAAAGAUUCACAGGGGACGAGGCAUGGGAAAAGAGACAAAAAGGAAAAAGAUAUUUCCCCUCACAGAGGUAAAGCUGAAACGAAGGCUUUAAAACCAAGUUGUAACGGACAUGCACUGGCGAUACAAGGAAAUUCUCUGUGCAGGGAGCAUGGCAGUGGCUUAAUUUUGCACGGAACGGGAAACUCAGCUGUAGGGCACGCCAACAUGGGGAUGCAAGGGUCACUACCCAAAGGCGCCUUUCUGCAACAGGGACCCACCGUAGCAGUAGCAAGAGGACGGCCAGGAUGCGUUCACCAGCACCCCGUGUACAUCGGCUACUACACUCCCACAGGCCACAGACCCGGCCACAGAUCCGUCACCACACUCCCGGGAAACUACAGGAAACACCACCGGAUCCGCCAGCCCGCCACAGACCUCGAGAUCCGCCGAGUCAUGAGCCACUACGGGAUCAACGAGGCCGCCCACAUCGCCCACGCCACGCCUACGCUCACGCCCAUGCCCCUCGCGAUUCCCCACCAACAUCACCCGGCAAUGAAGACUUCCCCCAGGCUUGUUCCGUGUUAUUCCCCGAUCGUGUUGAGCCCAACUGUUGAGGUGGCAAGGAGCCAAAACCAGCAGUUUUAA